CGGAUGUGAGAAACGUCUAGAUGUAAUAACCUUCUGCUACAACCUACAAACGAGCUCGUCGUUAUAUACCCAAAGCAGAAGAGAACUUGCGACCAGAGCAACCCCUCAAAGCAAAGUUCCUCUGCCGGCGCCGCCCUCUGCUAGCUCCUUCCCUCAGCCACAGCCAUGCUUCGCAUUCUUUCCAGGAGAUUGGCGACGGUCGGAAGGGAGCAAUACUACUCAUCUCCAAAGCCGGUCAAGUUUUCCUCGCUGGCCGCACCACCGCAAGGCGGCAGCAGGUGAGUGGUCUUCUUCCAAGUUUUUCAUUAGCUGGUGUCGGCUGGCGGUACGCGUCGUCGUCUUCGUCUGUAGCUACGCCAUUGAUUGCUAGCUAGAUAGCUAUUUUGAUUAAACGAUCCCAUCGGCCAUCGCCAUCUCGAGGGUUGCUAUUUGGUGAAUAAUUGAGCUUUGCUGUUAAACGAUCAAUGUCAUACAGCGGCGGUUUGUUUUGUUGCUGGCAUUUGACCGACGUACCAGUUUUAGCUGCUGAGCUGUCGAUUGAUGCAUGUGCGUGGUUGUUUCAGGCUACAGGGGAAGGUGGCCUUGGUGACCGGAGGAGCCAGCGGGCUGGGGAAGGCCACGGCCCGUGAAUUCCUCCGAGAAGGCGCCGCCGCGGUGGUCAUCGCCGACGUGGACGCUCGAUCGGGCCAGGAGGCUGCCCAGGAGCUUGGACCGCAGGCAGACUUCGUGGAGUGCGACGUCACGGACGAGCCGCAGGUGGCCGCCGCCGUCGACCUAGCGGUGGCCCGCCAUGGCCGGCUCCACGUGAUGCACAACAGCGCCGGAAUCACAGGCCCGCUCGCGAGCCCCGACGUGUCGGCCCUCGACCUCGCCGCCUUCGACGCGGUGAUGGCCGCCAACGUGCGCGGGACCCUAGCGGGGGUGAAGCACGCGGCCCGCGCGAUGGCUCCCGAGGGCUCCGGCUCCAUCAUCUGCGUGUCGAGCGUGAGCGGAAUCAUGGGCGGCCUGGGCACCCACCCCUACACCAUCUCCAAGUUCGCCGUAGCAGGAAUCGUGAGAUCCAUGGCAGGGGAACUCAGCCGCCGUGGGGUGCGUCUGAACUGCAUCUCUCCGUUCGCGAUCCCGACGCCGAUGGUGCUGGAGCAGUUCUCUCAGAUAUACGGCAGCGGCGGCGCGGGGACGGAGAGACUUCAGGCUAUAGUGGAGGGGCUCAGCGAGCUGGUGGGGGCCAAAUGCGAGGAGAUCGACGUGGCCAAGGCAGCGGUUUACUUGGCCUCCGACGAGUCCAAGUUCGUGUCGGGCCACAACCUCGUGGUGGACGGCGGAUUCACCAGCUACAAGCAAUUAAAUAUGCCCAUGCCAGAUCGCAUUUGAUGCUUACUCUCUCUCUCUCUCUCUCUCUCUCACACACACACACACACCCUGUAGCUUGCUCGCCUUCCAGUGUUCCAUUCCCCUGUCUGUGUCUUCCUCCUAACAAACAAUGCACGACGAUAACAAUCAAUGGUCUGUUUGUUGCCUUGCAAAUGCUAGCUGUAUCCAAUUGAAUUGGGGGCACUGAGGUCUGGUCUAUCCACCUGGAGUGGACAGGAACAGGUGCUGAUUAAGGCGGACAUUUUCCUAGGCACACUUUGGGUUUCAAAAAUUUAUGAAGGCUAUAUUGUAGUUUCA